AACGCACAGAAUAAGGGCUCGAUUGUGGCAGUAGCCGUGCUGCAACGGCAGAGUAGAGACGUGUGGUAUAUCGGUUAGAAAUCUUUUCAUCCCAAUGAUCUGGACUAAAACUACAGCAAACUGAUAAAAUAAUGGUUCAAGUGAUCAAUAGAUUAAUCAGGCUUGCAAAAUCCCACAAUCAUGGAACAAAUAAUGUGCGGAAAAUUUGGUCAUGGAAUUCUCCUGAUAGCCAAGUCUUCACGGCAUCCCAAAUCAUUGAUAAGUGCCCGUAAUUUGAUGUCUGGAAAAAUUGGGCAGCUUGGUAGGCCGUUGCUGGCAACUCCUCAACCUCGAUAUUUGAUUUUUUCAAAUCGUGGAUAUGCCAUGAUCAUCACUAGAGUUUUGAGAGGAGCUCUGAAAAUAAGAUACCUCCUUUUGGGUGGUGCGGUUGGUGGGGGUCUUACUUUGCAAAAGAAAUAUGAACAAUGGAAGGAAGGUCUCCCUGACAUGACAUGGAUAGAUAGUCUUCUACCAAAUGAGCAACAGUGGCAAAGUUUUCGUGGGUCUCUGAUGACAAUGAAGGAGAAUAUAUCAGAAAAAGUCGAAAUUGACCCACGAAUAAGGGAACUUGGAGAAUCUAAGUAUCAAGAAUAUAAGGCCUGGUUCAACCAGAGGUUGGACGACGCUAUCAAAGCAGCUGAGAGUCGCCCAGAUGCUCCAAACACCAGUGAUCCAUUAAAGAGUAUGUUUGAAGCAAUCACUGCGGUAGCAAAGAAAGUUUAUUCAGAUGCCAAAGGAGAAUUAUCAAAGAAUACUGUUGCGUUUGCUCGCCCACUGGUCAAUGAAAACAUCGAGGAGGAGCGCAAGAAGGCUCAAACAUCCCAGCAAAGACUGGACACAAUGCAAGAAGAGGUGAUGCAGAUACAGCUUAAGUAUCAACGUGAAUUGGAGAGACUUGAGCGAGAAAAUAAAGAAUUGCGUAAGCAAAUGCUGCUACGCGGUAACCAGAAACUCAACAAUCGUAAAAUUAAAAAAUCACUUAUCGACAUGUACAGUGAUGUUCUCGAUGAACUCAGUGAUUACGAUAGCACAUAUUCGACCGCAGACCAUCUGCCCAGAGUUGUUGUAGUCGGAGACCAGAGUUCUGGAAAAACCUCUGUACUGGAAAUGAUCGCACAGGCUCGGAUAUUCCCAAGGGGUGGCGGUGAGAUGAUGACAAGGGCACCAGUCAAGGUAACUUUAAGUGAAGGCCCGUACCAUAUAGCGCAAUUUAAAGAUAGCUCUAGGGAGUUUGACUUAACUAAAGAAUCGGAGCUAGCUGAAUUGAGAAAAGAGGUUGAACUGCGUAUGAAGAAUAGUGUCAAGAAUGGCAAGACGGUCAGUCAUGAUGUUAUUGCAAUGACAGUGAAGGGGCCUGGACUUCAAAGAAUGGUUCUUGUUGAUCUACCUGGAAUCAUUAGCACAGUCACGGUCGACAUGGCUGAAGAUACUAGAGACUCAAUUCGCCAAAUGACCCAGCAGUACAUGAGCAACCCAAAUGCUAUUAUACUUUGCAUUCAAGAUGGUGCAGUGGAUGCUGAACGAAGUAAUGUUACUGACCUUGUCUCUCAGAUGGAUCCGACUGGUAGAAGAACUAUCUUUGUUCUCACAAAGGUAGACUUGGCGGAAGAAAAUUUGGCAAAUCCGGAUAGACUACGCAAGAUUUUAGCUGGAAAGUUAUUCCCUAUGAAAGCAUUGGGCUAUUUCGCUGUGGUGACUGGCCGUGGUAGGCAAGAUGAUACCAUACAAACUAUCAAAGAUUACGAGGAACGAUUUUUUAGAAACUCCAAGCUCUUCAAAGAUGGUCUGGCAAUGUCUGGGCAAGUAACAACUAGGAACUUGAGCCUGGCGGUAGCUGAGUGCUUCUGGAAAAUGGUACGAGAAACGGUCGAGCAGCAAGCUGAUGCCUUUAAAGCUACACGGUUCAAUUUGGAAACUGAAUGGAAGAAUAAUUUUCCACGGUUGCGCGAACUCGACAGAGACGAACUUUUCGAAAAAGCGAGAGGUGAAAUCUUAGAUGAAAUAGUCAAUCUUUCUCAAGUGUCUCCAAGACACUGGGAGGAAGUACUAAUGUCCCGUAUUUGGGAAAAAGUCAGUAUGCAUGUUUUUGAAAACAUCUACUUACCUGCUGCUCAAACCGGAAAUGCAGGUACAUUUAAUACGACCGUCGACAUCAAACUGCGUCAAUGGGCAGAGCAGCAGCUACCUGCGCGAAGUGUCGAAUGUGGAUGGGAAAGUUUACAACAUGAAUUUUAUCAUUUCAUGAAUCAAGCGAAGUUGAGCCCAGAUCAUGAUGAUAUAUUUGAUAAUUUAAAAAAUUCUGUAGUCACUGAAGCAAUGCUGAGGCAUUCCUGGGAAGACAAGGCGUCGGAGAUGCUACGCGUAAUCCAGCUAAAUACGCUGGAGGAUCGAAGCGUAAAUGACAAACGAGAUUGGGAUCAAGCGGUUAAAUUUCUCGAAACAUCGGUUAAAGAAAAGUUGCAGAGCACAGAGCAAAUACUUCGAGAAAUGUUGGGGCCAGGCAGAAAGGAGCGCUGGAUGUAUUGGCAAAGUCAGACCGAAGAACAACAAAAACGUUCCUCCGUUAAAAACGAGCUAGACAAAAUUCUAUAUGCUGACAAGAAACACGCACCUACACUUACCCAGGAUGAGCUCACAGCAGUGAGAAAAAACCUACAACGUAACGGAAUCGAGAUAGAUAAUGAGUUCAUCAGGGAGACGUGGCAUCCCGUUUACAGGAGAUUUUUCUUACAACAGAGUUUGGCUAGGGCAUAUGACUGCAGAAAAGGAUACUACUUAUAUCAUACAGGUCAUGAAAGCGAGAUGGAGUGCAGUGACGUUGUACUCUUCUGGCGUAUCCAGCAGAUGCUCAAGGUGACAGCCAAUGCUCUUAGACAGCAGGUUAUGAAUCGAGAAGCUCGUCGGUUGGAUAAGGAAAUCAAAGACGUUCUUGAAGACUACAGUCAAGACACUGAAAUGAAACAGAAGCUUCUGACAGGUAGACGCGUAACGUUGGCCGAGGAACUGAAACGUGUUCGACAGAUUCAAGAGAAGCUGGAAGAGUUCAUCCAGGCACUUAAUAAAGAAAAGUGAUAGGACUCGGAAGGAUCGAAUUGAACCAAGCCAAAGUUUGGAACGUGUAUAAAGUUGUGUGACAAACACUAGAGGCUCGGACAUUUCUAUGCGUGCUUACAGACUAGCAUAGAUAAUUAAUUAUAGUAAUAACUAAACUCUGCGUGUGCGCACUUUGAAUCAUUCAGAGAGCACCGAGUUUGGCAAAAAAUCGCUGGAAAAGCUCUGUUAAUCAAAUACCAGAUUGCUUUUUACUCAUCCACAUAGUGCUUCUUGGUAUCACUGACUUACCAAGCACCUCAAAAUAUCUACCAAUUUCACGCUCCGCCGUUCCUUAUAAUUUAUUACAUAUACAAAUCAUUAUGUACUCUGUCAUUGUUCAAGUAUAAUCCUUUAUUAAAAUUAGGAAGCGGUCAUGUUUUCUUUGAGGUCAAGUAUAUUGGUUGAAAGUGGCUCGAAAGCGAUCUCAAUGAUCUACAAUGAGUCCCAGUGCGUACCUGCCGAGAAGCGUCUGCAAAGCACGCAUGAGCUGAGCACAGACUGUAUGAAAAUGUAACAUAAUCAUGAUGAUGAUAACAAUAAGAGUAAUUAUAAUGAUCGUGAUAAUGGAACGAAUUAAAAUAUUCAAUUAUGGUGAAAAUUUGCCAUCUAAUUUAGGUAUGAGUCUUUCUUUGUAUCACUGAAGUCAUUAGAUACAGUAAUAAAAAGUGAUCACCGUUUUUA